AUGGCGACCGACGGAGGCGACACCAAAACCGAGUCGGACGUUUGGACUUGUGGCGUCUGUUUGGAGGAGUUGCGGCGUCCCAGGCUACUUCCUUGUGGUCAUGAGUGUUGUAUGAGGUGUUUGGAGUACUGGGAGGAAGGCGGAAGGAGUCCUCUGCUGUGUCCCACCUGUCGCCAGGUGGUGUACCUACCGCCCGAGGGGAUCGCCGGUCUACUGAAACCCGUCUGGGUCGGAAACUGCCGCCUGCCGUCACGUACCACAAACGAUAAGAACGCUUCCGGGCCUAGAAAGGUGACCACUUGCCACAAACACGGAGAGUGUGGUCUCACGUGGUUCUGCGACACCUGCGAAAGAUCGGUCUGUAGAGAGUGUGUGACGACGGAGCACGAGAAACAUCCAGUCAGCCACAUAACCAAGCUGGUCGAGAAGAAGAAGCAAGAGGCGCUCGGGCUCGUCGAAAGGGGAAGCGAAAAGGCCGCAGCUCUGCAAGCUCGGCUCCGCUACUUGGCCGCUUGCCGGUACGAACUUGAACGUCAACAGGCGGAAGCCGAGGCGGCGAUAGAGGAGGCAGCGCAGACGUUACGUGAGGAGAUAGAGAAGCAGAAACACUCUUCUUUGCAUUGGCUGAAUUCCUUGUGCGGAGAGGAAUUUGAGAAGCUGGCAGGUGCUCAGACACGAACCGAACAGGACUUUGCUCAACUCACGAGCGCGCUGAAUCUCGUCAUUAGUUUUGGCAAGACCGCAAAGAAUUCGAACUCCAGCCAAAAUCCCAUGUCGUUGCUGUCAGCCGUGAAAGCGCUUGCACAAGCCGUGCAGGGUGUGGAUGUCAGACUUUCUCACAGAAUAAUCAAGGUGAAAUUCGUUCCCUCGAAGUCGGGCGUUAACAUUGGGAACGUGGCUUUCACCUCUGGGGAGAGAUUUAGACCGAAACAGCAUCACAACAACUUAUUGCCAGACUCUCCUGUUGAUAAUAUUAAUAACAAUGCAGUUAUUCCGUUAGAAUCUACGGGAUCGCAGUCUAGAGACAUCGCCAUGAUUACUAACCACUAUGACACCCCAGCGACGCCCAACUCGUCCCUUGUACCGCCCACACCGCCGGCACAUCGGAAAGUUCAAGUUGGCGACGGUUAUGGGAGCGAGACCGGACAAUUUAAGAACCCAUUCGCACUGGCGGUUUCUAGUCAUUACCUCUACGUUGCAGACAGAGCCAAUGGGGGAAGGGUUCAAAUAUUUGACUUCUGUGGAAAUCUGGUGCGUUCUUUUCUUCUCAUGUUGGGAAAGGGACUGGAAGCUUUGACGGGUGGGAUUGUGCUAUUGCCGAACGGCACGAUAAAAUACCUCGGUGGCGGACAUGAGACCAUGAUAACCGACCGCGCCGGGCGAGCUGUCGGGCGGGCCUGCUACCCUGUCAUGACCGCAUACAACCCUAACGGCAAGUGCAUCAGUCGAACAAAGCUCCAGAUACGACAAGGCCAUCUGGUGGAUGCGGUUGCACUUCCUAACGGAAACAUGGCCGUGGUGGUUAUAACGGGAUUGUGGGAGCGUGCGGACUGUGUUCUACUGUCUGACAGGGGGCAGAAACUAUGCGAAGUCCACAGUAGUCAGACUGCGGUGGGAAACUGCGUGUCUUUAUCCGUUAACCCAAACUCGGGUGACAUUCUCCUCUGUGAACCAAGACAAGGGGAGCAAGAUCGAGUGACGCUCUUCAAUUCACAAGGCCGACCAAAGUCAACAACGCUGCAGCUGGGCCAUAUAGCUACAACAACAGCCAACGCCAUAGCCGUGGACAGCUAUGGAAACAUCAUUUCAUCGGCGAAGAACGCGAGGCUACAACUUUACGACCCGAAGGGUGCGUUUGUAAAGGAUGUGGCUACGGGCAAGGAUGGUCUAAAACGGCCGUCCAAAAUCGCCGUUACUAGAGACAGAAGAGUGGCCGUUAUAGACGAGGGAGCAGUUUGUGUAUUUAUGUUUAGCUACUAG